AUGGCCUUCAAGUUCAUUGCUGUCAUUGCUUUGUUCUCUGUUGUAAGUGCUGGAGUAGUUCCGGCUGCCCAGGUAUACCAUGCUGCUCCCGCUGCUGCCGUCGUAAAGACUGUGGCACCUGUAGCUGUGGCUGCUCAUCCUGUUUUGACAAAGACUGUUGAAGAAUUCGAUCCUCAUCCUCAAUACAAGUACGCCUAUGAUGUUCAAGAUGCUGUUUCCGGUGACUCCAAGAGCCAAGUGGAGGAACGUGAUGGCGAUGUUGUCCGUGGCGAAUACUCUUUGGUCGAUUCUGAUGGUUUCAAACGUACUGUCCAAUAUACCGCUGAUGAUGUGAAUGGUUUCAAUGCUGUUGUCCACCGUGAACCUUUGGUUACCAAGGCUAUUGUGGCUGCUGCCCCCGCUUCUGUUGUGAAGACUGUUGCUCCAGUUGCCCAUUAUGCUGCCCCCGCUGCUGUUGUUAAGACUGUUGCUCCAGUUUCUCAUAUUGCUGCCGCUCCUGCAGCAUAUGUUGCCAAUCACUAA